AUGGCUACUACAACGCAAACUAUCACCACGAUAGCAAGUACCUCGAAGAAAGAGGAGCUCAAAGAACGUGCGGAUCAAGCUGCUGUUCCUGACGACCUCGUCGUUCCAGGAAUCUUCGACUCUGAAUGUGACGAGCGUCUCUGGGUCCCACAAGCACCAGACGUUUGGUUCCGACCUCUCCUCCUCUCCGUUUCUGGCUGCUACUUUGUUAACAUUCUUCGAGUCCGGAGAUCUGGUAUCCUCUCGCGUCAUCGCCACGCUGGUUGCGUGCACGCAACAGUUCUCAAGGGCCGCUGGCAUUAUCUAGAACAUCCGUGGUGGGCAACAGAGGGCGGUUAUGUCUUUGAGCCCCCUGGAGACAUUCAUACUCUCGAGGUUCCGGAGGAUGUGAAGGAGAUGGUGACCAUGUUUCAUGUCACGGGAGCUUAUAUCUAUGUUGACCCUGAUGGCAAUCCUGUUGGCGUGGAAGAUGUUUUCAGCAAGUUGGACAAGGCACGAAAGCACUAUGAAGCUGUUGGACUUGGGGCAAGCUUUGCAGAUCAAUUUGUGAGAUAA